GGUGCUGAAAUGUGAGAGUAGUCCCUUCCCAAGCUCGGCCUCUCUCCCUCCAAUCUGUGCGCUGCUCCCAGUCAGAGAAGGAGGCUGGACUGGAAGGAAGGAGGGAGAGGGAGAGAGAGGCGCCGGGGGAAGGAGGGCGGGCUGCCUUCUUUCCUCCCCUCGAGAGCGGGCAAAAGGAAAGGGAGCCAAACAGACUGGAGUGGAGCUUCCCCACGAGCCAUGAUUUGCGGCAAGUGGAAAAAGUCCCGCUCGGAAAGUCACCGCCGGGGCCGCCACCGCCAUCACCAGCAACAGCCGCCGCCGCCGCAGACGGAGCCUCCGGUCCCUGCCCAGACCUAUGGAGGAGUCGCCGCCGCCGCCGCCAAGCUUUCCGGGCACCGCGCCUUUAAGAAGCUGGGCUUGACAGAUGAUGACGAUAUUAAAGUAAUGCUGAGAGGGUCAUUCUUCUGGAAAGUCAAGACACACAGGCCACGGAAGCAAAGGCUCUACCGGCUUCAGGAAGAUGGAAUGACUAUCUGGUUUGAGACCCGCUUUAAAAAGGCUUACUCCCAACAUGUCUUCUCCAUCCUGCACAUUGAAAGUGUGCGGGAAGGUUACCAAUCUGAAGGGCUUCGGAAAUAUGGCGGCUGUUUUCCUGAGGACCAGUGCUUCACUAUUGUCUUCCGGGGCAAGAGGAAAAACCUGGACCUAGCAGCCAUUAGCGUGAAUGAAGCUCAGCAGUGGGUGAGAGGACUCAAGAAACUGAUGGCAAGAGGUGAAGCCAUGAGCCAGCGGGAAAAACUUGAGCAUUGGAUCCAUGAUAUGCUGCAUCAGGCUGACAAGAACAAAGACAACAAGAUGAGCUUCAAAGAGAUCAAGAACAUGUUGCGCAUGAUCAACAUUGACAUGAACGACAUCUAUGCAUACAGGCUCUUCAAGGAGUGUGACAGAUCUAACAAUGACCGCUUGGAAGAAUACGAGAUUGAGGAGUUCUGCACACGGCUAAUGGAGCGUCCUGAGCUGAAGGAGAUCUUCCACCGUUACUCAGGAGAGGACUGUGUGCUGUCGGCUGAGGAGCUGCGGGAAUUCCUGCAUGACCAAGGGGAAGAAGCCACCAUCAAGAGGGCUACUGAUAUUAUCCAAACUUAUGAGCUAAAUGAGAGAGCCAGACAGCACAACCUCAUGAUGUUGGAUGGUUUCAUGAUGUACCUUCUGUCCUCUGCCGGAGAUGUCCUCAACCAGAACCACACAGAAAUCUAUCAGGAUAUGAGCCAGCCACUGUGCCAUUACUUCAUCUCCUCCUCCCACAACACCUACCUGACCGACAACCAGAUUGGGGGAGCCAGCAGCACCGAGGCGUAUAUCCGGGCAUUGAUGAAAGGGUGUCGAUGUGUGGAACUUGAUUGCUGGGAGGGCUCCAAUGGAGAGCCUAUCAUCUACCAUGGUCACACACUCACCUCCAAGAUCCUUUUCCGGGAUGUAAUUGAAAGCAUCCGGGACUAUGCAUUCAAGCACUCCUCCUAUCCUCUGAUUCUCUCUCUGGAAAACCACUGUGGCCUGGAACAACAAUCUACAAUGGCCCGCCACAUGAAGGCUAUUUUGGGGGACAUGCUCUUGACCCAGCCACUGGAUGGAGAUGUGCCCAAACAACUCCCAUCACCAGAGCAAUUAAAGUGGAAGAUAUUGGUGAAGGGGAAGAAGCUGCCAGAGGGAAAGAAUGAGCUUGACAGAUGCAACUUCUCCAAUCCCGAGGAAGAAAUGCAGGAUGAGGAAGAUGAUCGGUCUAUAUCUUCUCUCCAAGAGAUAAAACCAUUACAAGCAAAAGAUGCUAUACAGAUUUCACGAGAGCUGUCAGAUGUGGUUGUUUAUUGCCAGGCUGUCCCCUUCCAAAGCUUGUCUCGUGCCCUGCACAACCAGCAGUCUAAUGAGAUGUCAUCUUUCAGUGAGCGGAAAGCGAGGAAACUGAUCAAGGAAUCGGGAAACCAAUUUGUCCGGUACAAUACUCGGCACCUCAGCCGCAUCUAUCCGCAGGGCCUGAAGGUGAACUCCUCCAACUACAACCCUCAGGAAAUGUGGAAUGCUGGUUGUCAGCUUGUGGCACUUAAUUUCCAGACUCCAGGCGCAGAGAUGGACUUAAAUGAUGGACGCUUUUCCGUUAAUGGCAGUUGCGGCUACGUGCUAAAGCCUGCUUUUCUACGCAACACCCAAAGUUCUUUUGAUCCUGAGGCUCCUGGUCGUAGAGCUGGCCAGCGCCCUGUUGCCCUCACCAUCAAGGUGAUCACUGCUCAACAGCUACCCAAACUGAACAAAGAGAAGAACUCUUCAAUUGUGGAUCCCUUUGUGCGCAUUGAAAUCUAUGGAGUUCCGGUAGAUUGUUGCAAGAAGCAAACUGAGUACCAGUUAAACAAUGGAUUCAAUCCACGUUGGAAUGAGACACUGACAUUCCAAGUACGAAUUCCAGAGCUGGCGCUGGUACGAUUUGUAGUCGAGGAUUAUGACACAACAUCUGCCAAUGACUUCGUGGGACAGUUUACUCUGCCACUGCUCAGCCUAAGGGAAGGCUACCGCCAUAUACAUCUACUCUCCAAGGAUGGCACAUCUCUGUCUCCAGCCACACUUUUUGUACAUGUCAGAUGUAAAAAGAUGUGAACAAUCCAAGUCGAACUCUCCCCAUGCCGGAACAGAUGAGCUAUUGCUCUCAUUCAGAAUACCACCAGUUAUUGAAUCAGGCGUGUGCACCUGGGCCAUAUGGGAAAAGAAUCAGGCUUGGGAUAGGAGUGCAACAUCGACCUUUGCUUGAAGGUUCCAGGUCACCUUAGUGCCAGAGAAUGGAAGAACCUUUGGUGCUUUUAAUGAGGAUGCAAAAGCCAAGCCAUAUAUAGUGAUUUCUAGAAUGCCAUUUCUGGAUACAUUUUGCCUCAGGAAAGAGGCCUUGAGCCAUCAUUUUUUUCCCUGCAAAGGUCUACAGAAGAGAUUCAGGUUGAAGACACUGUGCCUUAUUUUAUGUGACUGUUUCAUGGCUCUUACAAGGAGCAGCUAAUGGAAGAUGUCUUACUCCUUAGGCAGGUCCAGAGAAUGAGAACUGGACAUUUCAGAAGGAGCUGUGAGAAGAAACAGGACUGAAAGCUUUUGGUGGGUGAAUGUGAUAUAAAUGUGCUGGGAGGUGCCUACGAGGCAAAGGAUGCACACUACGGAUCGAACUGAGGCCUGAGCUGGCCCAUAUGGGACAAUGGAGGUUUGGGAUCGGGCUGGAAUGGCACAUGCUUUGAUAGGAUUCGGAAUUGGUUGUGUGUACACCUUCAGAAUGUGAAAUUGGUUGUGCAUCUUAAGGAAAUGGAAGCAUCAGUACUUCUCAGCUAUGGCACACCACUUAAAUCAGUCCAGAGAUUGCUGUCCAGGCAAUCAGCUAGAAAAACUUGCCUAGCAAAAACAGAUUUAUAUCACAAGUUGUACACUUAAUCCAAAAAGCCUGCAUCACACUUUUGCUAGAGCAGAAUUAAAUUAUCCAGUAGUUCUGAUGGUGCCGUUUGUUUUUGUUUUGCCAUUUUAGAGCAAAUUGUAUGAUAGUAAUCCCAAAGAAUGUGCCAACACUCAUAUUAACCAUUGUCUCAUUCAUAGGAUUUUUUUUCCUCUUGGGUAUUUGCGAUUAUUUAUAGAAUGUAUCAAAUAUAUUAAUACAUCACAAAAAUAUCUGAGUACUCCAAAGAGUCUCACAUCACAUCCCUCUGGUAGGAACUAUAUGUUGUCGUUUUUAAAUUUUUAUGCAUUACACUACUUCAGAAAUUUUCUCUAACAAGGACUAUGAGUAGUUUCGAUCCUUAAGAAUAAAUAGAGUUGUUUGAUGUAGUUUUUCCCUUGGUUAAAUUGAAAGGAUGUAUUAAUAGACUGGAUAUUCAUAACCUUUCAAUAUUUUUCUUUUGUUAAACAUGCACUUUAAAAAGCAGUGAGGGUGUGGUCUCUUGGAGACCAAGACCAGAAGAAUAUUUUAUGUUUGAAAUAUAGGAAGACAGAAAAACCAGAGCUCUUGCAAAAUGUCUUUAGAGAAAAACAUCUGAUGUGGCUUCAAUAACAUGAUGAGUGCCCCCCAGUCUUAGUCUUUUAUUUUGAUCACCCCAAAUAAUUGUCCAGUUGGGGUGAUCUAGCAGGCUUCAAGGGUGAUCAUUCAUACUAGUCCAACAGCUGCUCUUGCCAUACUUUUUACCUUUCACUGAAAAAAAAUCAUUUUCACUAAAAAGGACCCUUCUUCUAGAAAACUUUCAAAGUCACAGCAAUUUUCUUUUUUAUACACAGGACCCUUAUAUGCAGCACAGUUAGUGCUGUCAUUUCACUUUAUUUAUCACAGCUGCAUCCAAUGGAACUUAAGAUUUAUGGUUUGGGGAGGCAUUAAAGGCAGUACCUCUCUAUACACAAUAUAUGGUGAAUUUAUCAGAGUUUCUCAGCACUUGUUCAGAGUUUGCUAUUGCCUUACUAUGAGGCUGACUUACCAAACAUCAUCCAGUGGAUUUCCAUAACUGAGUGGGGAAUCAAAUACUCAACCCCCCUGGAGCUCUCAUCAAACACUCAGAUCACUGCACCACACUGACUCAUCUUUGGUAACAUCAGCAAAUACAAAGUUAACAUUAGGUCCUUACCUGGGAAGUGAAGAUCUCCAGGCAACAUAAUGUCAUGUAUGGUGGAUUGUUGACAAUAGGCAGCAGAGAAGACUUAGAAAUGCUUGUUUUGGAUGUCAGCCACACACAUGCCAUACUAGGAGGUGAUAUCAUUGCAGUGCUCCAAAGGAGAAAAAAAAGGGAAACAUCUUUACCAAGCAUCUUUCAGGGCGGUUAAGAGGUUCAAAGAUCUAGGCUCGUGAUUACUCAGCCAUGAAACUUACAGAGUGACUGUGACUGCCUGACCUAGCCUACCUCACAAGACUGUUGAGAAUAAAAUGUGGAUUGGGAAGCUAAUUAUAUAUGGUGAGACGAGAGGCAAGAUAGUAUAGUUGCUUACCUGUAACCAUGUUUCUUUGGUCACCUGUGAAAUCUGCACAUCUGGUAGCUUGAUGCCAUAUGUGCGAUUUCACAGAGACCACGAAGGAGAAAGUAUGGUUGCUUAACUGUAAUCGUAUUUCUUCGAGUGGCCAUCUGUGAAAACUGCACAUAUGACAUCGAACUAUAUGUGCGAUUUCACAGAGACCACGAAGGAGAAGCAUAAAUGUUGGAAAUAAAAGGCAAUAUAGAAUGGCUUAAAAAGAUGGGGACACCUUGUCCCUUGCAGAUUUUGUCAAGAAUGUCUAAUCAGGUGUGCAUCUGGUGCAAACUAUGGAUUUGGCCCAAUCUCAUACUCCUAAAAUACAGUACUUUAUAUUUUAGGAAAUCAUCUAGUAUUUUGUCUAGCUCAGGUUUCAGUGAAUCCCUUUUUUUACUGGAUCGUUAUUGAAACUGUGGACUAAAUAGUUGUUAGAAGUACAGACUCUGCACAAGAAAAAUGCCAUGACUUCAUUUUCCAUCACUUCUCUCUCUUUUGAGAUCCCAAGAACUAGAGGCACUUUCUAGAGUAUGAUUUUGCAAGCUUCUAUAUAUUAUCAAGCCUGUUUUUAAUGUAUUGAAUAGGUGUAAUAAAAUAUUUUAACAAAAGUCUUGUGUCAUACAAACAUCACAUUUCCACUGAAUACAGACAAUGUUUAUAAAGUAGAGCUGAAAACGUUUCUAAAUGAACAGUUUGUGGGGAGAAGUUUUAAAUGUCUAGCCCACAUUUCAAAAUAUGUUUGGACCACAUUUGUAUUUUGUCAUUGCAAUGUUUAUGAAUGCGUUUCCCCCCAUAUAAAUCAAGUUGGAGUGGACCAUUGAGGCCAACCACCUAAAGCGAUACCUGCCUGCUUUGAGCUGUUUGGGGAUAAACACAUAAAUUUCCUGAAAUAAUUGUUCUUAAAUGUUAAAUACUAAGUUUCCACUUUUAGUAUGGUCGUAAUAUUUUGAAUGCUAUUUCUAUUUAUGUGGUAUGCUAUUUUAAAUAUAUCUUUAUGUUUAUACAGGUAGAUUUAAAAAUAUCAAUAGUUUUUCAGGUAACCAUUUUAUACGUACAUCUCUACUACAGGUGAACCCUAUAUACUCCUGUACAAAUCUAGAUAUUGUGGUCAAAAAUUAAGCCCCCAAAACUGUAGUUUACUGUUAUCAAAAAAGUAACCAUCCCCUUGAGUACAGUGGCAAAACUCAAGAACAUAGUACGUCCAGGAAGACUCUAUAAGCAUUGACCUCCUCCGCUCUCUGCUGUGGCACCACUUCUGACCUUUUUAAUGUCUGAGUGGGAAAUGGCAGUGCCUAAGGAUGGCUGGCCCCCUGAGGUGUCACUGCAUAUGGAAUGACACUCAACUUAUCCACAAGUCACAUAAAAAUCAAUUUUUGGCCCUCAAAUCCAUCCUCAACUUAUGCAGAGUACAGUAGAGUCUCACUUAUCCAAGCUUCACUUAUCCAGUGUUCUGUAUUAUCCAAUGCAGUCUGCCUUUUGGUAGUCAAUGUUUUUGUAGUAAAUGUUGCAAUGUUUUGGUGCUAAAUUUGUAAAUACAGUAAUUACUACAUAACAUUACUGUGUAUUGAACUGCUUUUUUGUCAAUUUGUUGUAAAACAUGAUGUUUUGGUGCUUAAUUUGUAAAAUCAUAAUGUAAUUUUAUGAUUAAUAGGCUUUUUUCUUAAUCCCUCAUUAUCCAACAUUUUCGCUUAUCCAGUGUUCUGCCGGCCCGUUUAUCUUGGAUAAGUGAGAUUCUAUUGUAUAUAGGGUAGUUCUCUGUGAAUGUUGCAACAAGCUAUGACAAGGGGAUAAAAAUGUUCUAUUCACCCAGAUAAUGGUUAAGUGUGGCUGAAAAGUGGUUUUGAAGAAGUGUGGGAUUUUACACAUUACAUUCACUGCCCGAAAGAUGUCUGGGGAGCAUUUGACUAGUAGUUGUCUUGAUUCUAUAUACCAGGUGUACUGGCGACAGAAAACUAUAAGUAAGAAUUGUACCUCCUGCAUGUUUAACCUGCUACCCACCUUUGGAAGACCACAGUGGAGGUACUUUUCUUCUGUUAUUGUUUGAAGAAUUAUGCUUGAUUAAAUCAUAAGGAAUUUGGA